CUACUGUAUGCUGAGCCAACAAUACUAUUCUGGUGUAGACCUGCUAGUCAACCAAGGGCGAAGCCCAGGCCUGGACUCAACGGUACAGUGACUUCGCCAUUCGCGUCGGCCGAAGGCUGCAAGUGCCUUUGGAGGACAGCCUCAUCUAGUACACUUGCCCGCUACACGUCUAAGCAACAACUCCCUCAAGUUCGCCUUUCUGCCUAUCUAGCUCGGCUUAGCUAUCUAGGCUUAGCGCAACUGGGCUGGUAGGGCACCUGGGCUGGUAGCAGGUUGUCGUGUUCGAAGGACCUUCCUUGCACGACUCACAGAUUCGGGUGUGUGCAUUCGGGUGUGUGCAUUCAAGGGAAUCCCAAAAAGCUAAAUUGCAGGAUGUCGGACGUCGAUAGCAGCGGCAUUGAGCUGGAGAGAAGACAUGAGUCCUGUGCGGCGGUCUCGAUGGGUCAAAGGCGCUGUGGGCCUCGCAUCCUUAUGCAUGGCUUGACUUACCAUGUGGCUUCGAAUACGAAUCGGGGCGAGCGAGCCUACCUGUUGAAGGACAUCAGUGCCUACUUUGAGCCCAACCAGAUGACGGCGUUGAUGGGCCCCAGCGGCAGCGGCAAGACCACUCUGUUGGACCUGCUGGCAGGGCGCAAGACGGUGGGCAAGACGGAGGGGCACCUCAGCUUCGGCGGAGUGGCGCCCUCCAAGCCCUUCCUGCGCCGCUACACGGGAUACGUGGAGCAGUUCGAUACGCUGCUGGGCGAUCUGACGGUGCGGGAGAUGCUGCUGUACACGGCGGAGCUGAAGCGACCCAUGCGGGAGCCGAUGGAGCUCAAGCGGGGCAAGGUCGAGGAGCUGCUGCGGCGGCUGCGACUGGAAUCGUGUGCCGAUCUGCGCAUUGGCAACCCGCUGGCGAAGGGCAUCAGCGGGGGGCAGGGCAAGAGGACCAAUAUCGGUAUCGCACUCAUCUCCGAGCCGCGUGUGCUGUUCCUGGACGAGCCCACCAGCGGUCUGGACAGCUACACGGCGCAUGAGGUGGUGCGGGUGGUGCGGGGGCUGCUGCAGGACGGGACCACCGUCGCCGCUACCAUACACGGACCCACCGCCGCAACUUUUGCGCUGUUUGACCGGAUCAUGCUGCUGGCUCGAGGGCGCAUGGUCUACUUUGGGCCCCGCGGCCUGCCGGCUCUGCACUACGCCGCCCAGCACUGGCAGCACGCCGCAGCCAGCGUCAAGGCAGUGCUAGCGGAGAUGCGACCGGCGGACCGCCGGGUUACCGCUGCCUCCGCGCUGGGUGCUGCUACUACCGCUACCGCUACUGCUGCUGCUGCGUCUGAGGAUGAUGACACGGCAACUGCUGCUGCUGCUGCUGCUGCUGUGACAACAAUUGCCUUGGCGACCGGCAUCUGUAGUGGGGCUGGGGAAGGUCUGGGAGGUGCUGCGGUGCAUGAAGGUGGUCUGCGCGCAGGGGCUGCUCCAGGGGCUUGCAAGGCGCCAGGAGCUGCAGGGGCUGUGGCCUGCAAGGAUGUCGGUGCUGGCCCCCAUGUCGCCGCUGCAGGAGCUGUCGGUGCUGCAUGCGCCCCAGGUGCGGGGCUCUCCUACCUCGCCCUCAACGUCGCGGAGGUGUUGGUGGGCGCCUUGACGGAGGCGGACCACCACGGGGGGGCGGAGGAGCUUGCGGCAGCGUACGGCAGGAGCGAGCUGCGGAGGGUCAAUGAGGACCGGUUGGCGCUUUACUUGCUGGCCGCGGGCGUUAGCACCAGCGUCAGCAUCACCGGUACCGGCAACAGCAGCAUUGCGACUGGCAGCGGUGGCGGGUUGCAGCAGGGGACGCAGCUCCCUCGGCAGGACCCGAAGCAGAGCGGCCCCGCCGGCAGCCGCAGCAGUAGCAGCCGCAGCGGUGAUGAUGGCGGCAGCAAAGAUGUGGAGCAGCCGCCGGAUCGGGAGCAGCAGGUGAAUGGAGCAGCUGCCCCCGCCCCCGCUGCCCCCGUCCUUUCCCGCCUGACGUCCCCGCUCGCAAGCUGGUCCUCGGGGCUGGAGCCCGACCAGGAAGCUAUCCGUGAGCUGGCCACUCGCAGUGAGACGGGCACCCCCUGGUACUGGGGCCUCUGGACGCUGCUGCGGUACCGCACUAGCCGCAACUACCGCAGUCCCAGCUGGCUGCUGCCGCGCGUGAUGGACAAGGUGAUCAUCUCGCUCAUCAUUGUCACCCUCUACUGGGGCGUGGGCAACAAACCCAACCCCAACAACAUUGUCAACAUCCAGUCCUCGCUCUUCAUGUGGGCGUUGCUGCCCGCCUGCGGAGCCGCGUCCUACGUGCCUGCCAUCGUGCUAGAGCGGCGAUUGUUUGUGCGUGAACGCGACGACGGGCUGUACCGCUGCUUCACCUACCUGGCCGCGAAGCUGCUGGAGGAGGUGUGCCUCAGUCUGGGUGUGUCGGUGGCUUUCUCGGCCUACGUGUUCCACGGCUUGAGGCUGCAGGGGCAGUGGGUGGUGUUCUGGCUGGUGUACUUUCUUGACAUGGUUGUGGGUAUUGUGCUGGCCUACCUGGUCGCCGCGCUGUCUCCCAACAUGGACGUCGCCAACAUGGCGCUGGCCACCUUUGUGAUGACGCUGUUGUUCUUCGCGGGGCAGAUCAUGACGGCGGCCACCAUGCCGCCCUGGUGGAGCUGGUACUCCAGGAUUGACUUCCUGCGCUACGCCUGGGGUGCCCUCAUGGUCAACCAGUUUGAGAGCAACGAUGCGGAGUUGACAGGAGGGAUCACCAUCCUCAAGUAUUACAGCUUGCUGGGAAUCAGUAAGUGGGCUUACCUAGGCUACCUGUCCGUGUUCUUCUUCGUGUUUGCUGUCAUGGCGCAGCUCGCCCUCAACUACAUGCGCCACCAGAGAAGGUAAAUCGAAGACCAGGCGUACUUUGCAUGGCAUGACCCAUGGGUCACCCUGGGCCGAUAUUUGCCCAAGGGUUGUUGUACUUAAGCAGUUGUGUAGAUGGGAGGUGUGUCUUGAACGUAUGAUCAUUGCCAUUGACAGGGUAGUCUUUGUUGUGAUGAGGUGUUUUGUGAGAGUUAUGACUCCGGGAGUGUGAUGUUUAUACUUCUAUACCUUAAGCAGCUAGCGACAACUGAUUAGAUGUGAAGUUCCGUUGGAAGAGGGCCCGCAUGCCGAGUGGAGUAAGUAGAUAGACAAUACCCCAUGCAUCAGCAGCGAUGCUUGAGAGUUAGACUUCAUUAUCUUUCGUGCAGUCUUGUGUGACGAUAAAUUGAAAAGCUAGUUAGAGCAGUAAGCAGUCGGAACGCAUGCUGAGUGGAAUAAGUAGAUAGACAAUACCCCAUGCAUCAGCAGCGAUGCUUGAGAGUUAGACUUCAUUAUCUUUCAUGCAGUCUUGUGUGACGAUAAAUUGAAAAGCUAGUUAGAGCAGUAAGCAGUCGGAACGCAUGCUGAGUGGAAUAAGUAGAUAGACAAUACCCCAUGCAUCAGCAGCGAUGCUUGAGAGUUAGACUUCAUUAUCUUUCAUGCAGUCUUGUGUGACGAUAAAUUGAAAAGCUAGUUAGAGCAGUAAGCAGUCGGAACGCAGUUAACGACAGUAGCUUAGUAGCUUGGUACUUAUUGCUGCGCGCGCAAAGUUGUUGGGUGUGGUCCCCACCCCCUUGCGAGCUGCUUCUGACGUGUUCACAUGCUGGGUUUACGAGAUUGUGAGCGACCUUUUCGAAUUCUUCCAUCCAUUUCGCUUAAAUAUAGCUACACUCGUUUAUGGUCCUGGAUUCUGUUGCUGUGUUUUGGGUGUCUCUGGUGGUGACCUCCUAAAAACGGUGGACAUGCACGUGAAUAGGGCUAUAAACCCAAUCCUGAUAUCUAGCGGUUCCGGUGUCUAUUGAGGUUUCUGUACACGUGGCGUGCGUGGAAGCGGGGGGGGCAAUAGGGCUGUCAAUAUACACAUACACGGCCAGUACAUAUACGGGCUUGUUAGCGGCGCUAGAUAGGAGAAAUCGGUAGAAGAGCCAAUGGUGGGUAGAGAUCCUGUGUGAUGACUGGGUAACCUUGUGAAGAUCUUGGGUUAUUUGAUGCGAUUAGCGACCCAGGGGUCAUCAUCAAUGACUGGGCAAGGGUGCCACGACGACCUGCAUGGAGCCUGAAGGUUGCAUGACUACCGGAAGAUGUAAGCACGACGAUGU